CACCGGGGAUGGUGGACCCGAGCUCGCGGACACACUGAGGGACUCUAACGUGCUCAAGCUCGAGCGCACUUUGCGGAUUUAAAUGGUGUGACGGUCCAUUUUUCGACAGUUUUUUCAACGACUGUGAAGACUUUAGCUGUGACCGAGGGUUUUUUUCUGCUGGUGCAUGAUCCAUAAUGACUUUUACUAAAUGGCCACUGGUCGGAGCUUAGUGCUGAUCCGUCGCAGAGCACUAUGAGUAGAUGACAACAAGCAGCCUUUAAUCCAGAAAGGAUUCCUCGUCUCUGUGCUAAGAGUCUACUAACCGUGUGUAAGGACCACUGGGAGUACAAGAAUCAAGUCAAGGACACGUUCACUCCCCCUCAGCCUGCAGGAAGAUGGGAGUGAGAAAAUAAAGCUGUGCCGAGUCAAGGGGAGCUUAAUGAGUUCCAAGGAAUCUUAAAACAAACGGUGUACAUUUGUGUAUGUCUGCGUGAGAGGAUCAGGCAACCAUGUGGACAUUAGCUGCGACUGUGCACUGUCUCCUGGCUGCUGCGCUGCUAUUGGCUAGCUGCCUCCAAUUAGUGAUGGCCUCUGAGGACGACGUCACACCGCGCAUCAGUUUCUCGUACAAUGCUAAAGAGAGAUCGGCCAAGAGAUUCUCUGCAGACGGCGUCUUCAAUUACACCUCCUUGCUUCUCAGUCAGGAGGACGACAUGUUGUACGUCGGAGCCAGGGAGGCGCUGUUUGCCCUCAGCCUCUCGGACAUCAGCAAGACCAAGCUUCAGAAGCAUCUGACGUGGGGCACUCCUGCUGGAAAACGAGAGGAAUGCAGCUUCAAAGGGAAGAACCUGGAGACUGAUUGCUUCAAUUACAUCAAAAUCCUCCUGCGGCUGAAUAGCACUCAUCUCUAUGUGUGCGGCACCUAUGCCUUCAGUCCUAUUUGCGCCUACAUAAACACGUCAACAUUCACGCUGGAGAGAGAUGAAGUGGGCGAGGUCGUGAUGGAAGAUGGGCGCAGUCGCUGCCCCUUUAAUCCAGAGUACAAAUCCACUGCCAUCAUCGUCGAUGGUGAAUUGUACACUGGUACUGUCAGCAACUUCCAAGGGAAUGAGCCAGUCAUUUACAAGAGUUUGGGUCAGGGAACUGCUCUGAAGACGGAAAACUCUUUAAAAUGGCUGCAAGAUCCAGUCUUUGUCGGUUCGGCUUACAUCGAGGAGAGUCAGCCAAUAGGAAACCCCGUGGGAGACGACGACAAGAUUUACUUCUUCUUUAGUGAGGCGGGAAAGGAAUUUGACUUCUUUGACAACACCAUUGUGUCGAGGAUCGCUCGCGUGUGUAAGGGGGACAAAGGCGGUGAACGGGUGCUGCAGAAGAAAUGGACGACCUUCCUGAAGGCCCAGCUCCUGUGUUCCCUCCCCGAUGAUGGUUUCCCCUUCAACAUCAUCCAGGACAUGUUUGUCCUGAAGCCCAUGGGAGACAGCUGGGAGAGCACAGUAUUCUACGGUGUCUUCACCUCCCAGUGGUAUAAAGGAGCAUCAGGCAGCUCAGCAGUGUGUGCAUUCACCAUGGCACAGGUGGAAAGAGCUUUCAGCGGGCGCUACCGAGAGGUCAACAGGGAGACGCAGCAGUGGUACACCUAUAACCACCCAGUGCCAGAGCCACGACCCGGGGCGUGUGUGACUAACCAUGCCAGGCAAAUGGGCAUCCAGUCGUCUUUGCACAUGCCUGAUAAAGUGCUCAACUUUGUCAAGGACCAUUUCCUCAUGGACAGCGUGAUCCGCAGUGCUCCCCUGCUGCUGAAACGAAGUGUGCGCUACACACAGAUCGCUGUGCACAAGAUCCAAGGCAUGGAGAGAGCUUACGACGUGCUCUUCAUCGGAACAGAUGAUGGAAAGCUCCAUAAGGCCAUCAACGCCAAUGAUAAGAUGCACAUCAUAGAGGAGAUGAUUCUGUUUCCUGAGCCUCAGCCUGUGCAACACAUUGAGCUGGAUCCCCAGAGGGGCUUGUUGUUUGUGUCGUCCAACACUGGGCUGGUGGAGGUUCCUGUGGCCAACUGCUCCAACUACCUGAGCUGUGGAGAGUGUGUGCUGUCCAGAGACCCGUACUGCGCCUGGACCGGGCGACUGUGUCGGGACGUCAGGAUGGCUCCACCUGACAGUCACUGGCAGCAGGAUGUGGAGGAGGCAGACACAUCAGCGAUUUGUAACAGGACGUUUCCCAGCACCAGAUCUGCCAGACCAGCAGCUUCUCGUGGCUCCCAAUGCCAGCUCAUUACAAUCCCAGCCAACACCUUCAGAGUCCUGCCCUGUAAACUGCGGUCCAACCUGGCACAGAGGAGGUGGCGUUACAGCGACAGCGCCAGCCAGUUCCUCUACGCUACUCCAGAGGGAAACCUGGUGGUGGUGGCACAGGCCGACAGGAUGGAGACCUACGAGUGCUGGUCAGAAGAGGAGCGUUUCCGCCAGCUUUUGGCCAACUACUGUGUGAGGGCUGAGCCCCGCCAGGAAAGCACCACUCUGAUUGGUCACUCCCGCACACCGCACAUAGAGCAAGAGGAGACCAUCAUCCUGCCCGGCGAGUCUCGCUCUGAGCAGGUCCACACAAAGACGUACUGGAACGAACUGAUUGUGGUGUGCGCCCUGCUGGCCUUCUCCCUGGUGGUGUUCUCCUUGUUCGUCAUCUACAGGAACCGAGAUCAUAUGAAGUCCAUGCUGAAGCAGGGCGAGUGCCCUAACAUGCAACAGAAGAAGCCGAGGAUUGUGGGAAAACCUGCCGAGAGCUUGCCCCUAAACGGAAACACCAUCCCCGUUUCCACUUCUGAUCACAAGGGCUACCAGACGUUAAACGACAACUACAUCUGCAGCACGCCCACCCACGAGUCCUCACCAGAUAACAGCAAGAGCUUCUCCGAGGCGUCCGACAGGCGGCCGCUUAACGUGAAGGAGAGCCACGUGGAAUACUCCCCGACCUGCCCCCGGCCCAGAGUGAGGCUCGGCUCCGAGAUCAAAGACUCUAUCGUAUGAGAGCGCAGUAUUCGCUAAAAAGAUGCCACCCUGUAUCUCCAUGACGGAUACAGGCCACCGAGCAAAGGAGAGGAGACCCUGACAUCCCUCUACAUCACAGCACACCUUUUAUUUUAGUCAUCUUUUGUUCUGUGAUCAGUGCGGAGGGCAUUUCGUUUAACCAUUUCCACUCCGACGCCACAGGUUGGUCUGGUGUGCUGCAUAGGGCGGGAAGGGGAAGCAGCGCAAAACUUCGGUAUUAGCCAGGAUCAACAAGCAUGGCAGCUGCUGCGAAAAAUUAUAACAUAGUCUUUGUUAGUCAUUCUCAUGGCCAUUAAUGUGUGAGUGUAGGGCUGGGCAAUACGAGGAAGGAAAAAACAGAUCUUCUUCUUCGGAUAUCAGUAUUUAUCACAGCAUCUCUUUCGGUAUGCAAGAUCCAACAUUAAAAUGUCUAGUGAUGUCCAUCACGUGAAAUAAUAGAUAUAAAUAAAUAAUGAAUAUUGAUUGAUUUCCCAGCCCUAUCAGAGUAUGUGUUACCCUCCACAUGCUCUGCAGAAGAUGGCUGCCACAGAGGCCACACUGUUAUUAUGCACGCUAGAACCAAGCUACAGCUAGGUGGUGACCAAGAGUUCAGGUUUCGGAGAAUAUUAUACAUUUAUUGCAUAUUCGUUAUGAUCCACUCAUUAUGAAAGCAAGCACAUUUGUUCCCUUUUGCUGAAUAAAUGUCAUGACUGUAUGAGGAUAAAGAGGAUGAAAGAUGUGGGGAGAAGACGCCACACGCUGUUGGAACAACAAUUAAAAGGACUGUAAUGAAAGAUGAUGAAAAGAUGUGAUCAUAAAUUAUGUUCCAGGGCCUAAAUACUGACAUUUACCUCCUGAAUGUAUGUUGUUGUUAAAAGAUUACAUUCACACAUCACAGCACCAUGGACAAUCUAGGGAACCUGUUGCUCUACAUCUCUGCUCAUAUGAGACAGCCCUGUUCUUCUGUAUUGACCUGCAGGUAUCAUGAUGGGCUCAUAAAUCGACGGCAGACACAGAUGAACCUGUUUGUGAGGCGAAUAUGGAGAAAAAAGACCUGACAUUAUGUCAGUCAGCACAGACAUUUCAAGCACAGAGAGCCAAGGAAAAAAAUAGGGGACAUCCACACCUUUCCCAUCUUCAGGGCAGCACCAAAAUCAUCAUGUGCACUGUGCCAAAAAAAAACAAAGAACUCUGUUGUCUUAUCUAAAUGCAAUAGUGCCAUCCUGUUAUGACCACUCCCAUGCUUUGUGUUAGCAUUGAUCACUGUCGAAAAGCACAUGGUGACGGAUCCAGAGGUGGGUUUCACAAAGUGGCACUAAUAAUAAACAAAUGUGAAGUGCAACGUUGGAAAUUUCUCUUAAGACUGUUAGCUCAUAGCGGACUUUUAGGACUGUGUUGGGCAAAACGUUCGUGUGAAAUCUGAACUGGGGCCAAAGGAUAUGGCAUGGAGAUGACUUUGUGUGAAAGCUUGUCUUGUGGUUGCCAGGUUAGAAAAUUUUCCAGUUUUCCUUCAGCUGCCCUUAGAGGUUCAGUAGGUAACUUUUAUUUAACCCCCCGCCCCCAACUUAUUCUCAUUUUUGCUGAAACUGUUACCAUAUCCUACAAGUAGUACAUGAGACAGAUAACCUGCGAAAAAAUCAAGUUCCUCUUACUCGUCCUAGUGCUCCCAAUGGUAUUUGCAAGAAUCAAUUGUGCCUGAAUGAAAACCGCCAAUCAGAGCCAGGAGUCUCUAAUGCAUGUAAAUUACUGCUUGUGUACACACUGCACUGCCAACAGCAACACACACAGCAAAGACACAUAAACAGAAGAAGAUAGACACCCAGAAACUUGCACUCACUUUCACAGAAUAAGACUGACAUCCUCUCUGGUAUCCCUUUUCUACCAGAUAAGCUCUGGUUCUUGAAACAGUUCCAUUCACUGUGUAGCUAUCUAACAAACCAGCCCAUGUUUUCACUAGUUUUACACAGAAUCAUUGUUAUCAAGGAUUUGUAAUCAACAGAGGGCUUUGCACAGUGCACAAAAGUAUUCAGUAGUAGCAAAAUCACAGAUUACAGUGAUUGCUUUACAACUUCUGCUCUGUUAUUACAGAUAUUUGUUUUUAACCAAAAAAAAAAACCAAGCAUGAAUUAACUGCCUGCCCUUUUUUUGCUUGACAAUUUCUCGCUUAGCAUCACUGUUGCUGGUUUCUGCAUCCUCUCAUACCUGCAGAAUAUGACACACCCAUUGAUGUCGUCACGGUUUGCACAGAUCAAUGUAAACCUGCACUUUUUUG